AUGAUCAAGAUAUAUUUUUUAGCAGUAUUACUUGUAAAUCCUAAUUAGAUUGUUGUGGUUUUGCAAGUGCCUUAUUUCUAUUUUAAAGGCUAUGUGGAGCAUUGAUCAUGAUUUUUUAAAAUUGCAGUUUCUGCUCUGAUUUUGGGUUUUUCUGGGUGUGGGUAUUAUGCAAUCAAUAAAUUGAAGCUUAUGUUCAUUAGAAUUGUAUGAUUUAAAUAGUCAAGUAUUUUUCUGUCAAUUUUGAUGGUAUGUCUUAUUUUUAUUGUGGCUUUCGGGAUUUCUGAGUGCUCGACUAGGCUAUGCUCUGAGCUGGAUAAAGCUUGCAGUGAUGAUAUUUCGACUAAAAUUUCAGACGAAAUCCCAUGAUAUGCAGGAGGACUGUAUAUAGCAUCAAUAAUGCUAUUAAUUUCGAUGAUUGUAACAGCUAUAUAGUCUUUUUUCGGUUUAUCAAUGAAAACAGUUAAUUUUAACAUGUAAACCAUUGGGAUUUUUUCCUGGAAAUAAGCAAGAAAAAACCUCCGUCGUUUUUGAAUACCUGGGGGUUUUCCUAAUGGCCCCUUUUUUCUUGGUCGAACUUAUAAAAAAAUGAAUUUAUUUAGCAAAUGAAGUGCCAGUAGCUAAAGUGCAGACCCCACUAGACGAAAGCCAAAGCAUGAUUGAUUAUGAAGAAAUAAUUCUUAACGAUAAAUAUAGGAUUUUUUAUUUUAAAAAUCUGCCUUUAUAUUUUUUUAAAAAUAUGGUAUUUCUUAUAAAGCCAUGAGAUAUAUAAAUUAUAUAAUAAGGAGAUACCUAAAACUGAAAGAAAUGAGGUAUGGACAGCAGAGCAUAGUGAUAAACAACAAAUCGCUCCUGGGUAUAAAGUUACUAAUAUAGAAGAAGAAAACAACAGAAAUAUUGAAGUCCUUGAUUUAGAUGUCGAGGUAGCACAGAAUAGAAAUAGUAAACCAAGGCGCAGGACUAUGAUAACAAUGAAAGAUUUCGAAUAA